GGUAUCGGUUUUUUUUAUAGGACUAAAUAGUUUUAUUUUCGCAUAUUUCAGUUAUUUAUUUAGAAAUGGGGCGAUUUAAGUUAUGUGCUUCGCCGAGAGAGGUUAUGAAGUACGAAGACUUUAUAAAACGCAUUCGAAAAAGCCUCUACUAUGGCGUUGGAACACCAGACACAGAAAUGUCGGUCUCCUUACCCUUUGCGGAGUACGCGGCAGAUUUGUUUUCGGAGACUCAUCGCGGGCAUUCUUUGCAUCGCCUAAGUUGCGUAUCUGCUGCACAAGUACAUGCCACGCCUUGCUCUUUAAUUAUGGCAUUGAUAUACCUCGAUCGCUUAAACGUCAUCGACUCGGGCUAUAGCUGCAGAAUCACACCACAGCAGCUGUUUGUUGUGUCACUAAUGAUUUCCACAAAAUUCUACGCGGGCCACGACGAACGGUUCUAUCUGGAAGACUGGGCCAGUGACGCUUGUAUGACGGAAGAUAGGCUCAAGGCAGUCGAGCUCGAAUUUCUUUCCGCUAUGGGUUGGAAUAUAUACAUAUCCAAUGAGCUAUUCUUUGAUAAGUUAAGAAACGUUGAACGUUCUUUGGCUGAACAGCAGGGACUGCGUAGAGGUUGGCUCACUUACAGUGAGCUCGUGCAGUUGCUGCCUAGCCUUGAAUGGACGAAAUUCCUCGUUAACAGCCUGUCUGUACUAUCUCUAAGCUAUGCGGCAAGUAUUAUAACAUUAGCCGGAGCUUUUUUUAUUGCGAGCCAAGUUCCCGGUACGUUAUGGCAUCGGGAUGUGGAAACUGCCUCAGAUUUCACCAUGACAAUUAGCAGUCAGGUAUCCGUUUCAAAUGCAUUAGAGUCCACACCUUUUAUUAAUGUCCAAGUAUCCUCACUUUUACGUAAAACGAGUAACGUGAAUGUUGAAUUGAUGAAUCUUGAGAAGACAAGCUGCGCCAGGGCAAGACUGAAUAAAAUUGAAUAUAAGCAUCCGCGCCAUCAAUCAGUACCUACGCUUUCAUUCAUAAGCACCUGUCCACAACUUGAUUUAUUGUAUGCCCAAGAUGGAACAAGGAAUUGGCUAAAUAUUAAAUCGCCCAACAGCGACUACAAAAACAACAGAAACCUUUCAAUAACAGUUAGAUCCGUACAACUAGAAGAGCAAAAGGCUGAAAAUGAUUCCGUUAUUUGGCAAGCCAACACCGAAGCAAUGCAGUAAUUGUUUUUACCGCAAAACUUAAAGAGGUGCUAACAACUGAUAUAAAAUAAAUAUAUUUAUAUUAUAUAUAAUAUCAAUAUAAUAAUAUUGAUAACAAAUUAACCAAGCGUACGAGUAAUAUAACAUGCAUAACAGUAAUACGAAACUGCUUUUAUUUCUUCACAGAACUAAUGUUCGCUGGCUUAAUCAAACUGUCAUAAAAACUAUAAUAGCACAUUAUUAUAUGUGCCUAGAGGUGGAUACUUUGGAUGCUAAACUAAAAUGAACAAAAUAAGUUAGAUUGUUCUAUAUUAUAUUAAAAUAAAAUGUUUCUGUUGCUCUACAUAUAAGGAAAUACUUUUUUAAGGAACAAAAUUAUGGCCAUCGGACUUUUAGUUUUCCCGGACUUUCGUCCACUCGAAGCGUUUUUCCGAGAUAAAUAAGUUCGAUUAUUAUACAUACAAGCUGUAAUAUGUUGCGCUAUACUUCAAAGUUACUGCCUUACACUGACCGAAAUCAUUUACAAAACAAGAGAGAAUUCUAUAAUCAAGUUCCCCAACUGUAACUCAGCUGGUGCAAAGACACUAGAAUAACAAGAUGCGUAACGGCCAUACAUUGGUUUGGCACUAUGCAGCCACUUUUUUUGUGACGGCCAAAAUUGCUCUCUUUCCGCUCGCUCACGCUGAGAACGUAAGAAAUCUAAAAAUAGAAUUUGCUUGCUUGGGUGAGUAAAAACAAGAGACGAGAACGCGUAUAUGUGUGCGUGUUGUGCUAGAAGACGAUUUUCGGGCGGAAAUCAAUUCUGAUCGAAGAAAUGAAUUUACAUUGUACAUAUUAGGGUAAUUUUUUUUGCCAAUUUCGUAGCAAUAUGAUAAAAUAAAAUAAUUUUUAAAAAUUCGCGCCCUGAUUAUUAUAAUUUUAAAGCUUUUUAAAUUCGUUUGUUAAAAUAGCCGCUCGAAUUAGCUACCGUUUACACAUUUAUAUUUAUGUUCAAUUCUAAUUUAUCUCUCAUCUGACAAUUUUUUAUAAGCGAAAAAAACAGUGAUGAAGUGCUCGCCACAAAAUCUUCUGUAAAUUGGCAUUUUUCCGCCCAUCUUAUUAGCAUUGUUGGAUCCCUUUCAGGAAAUCUAAACAAUUUAAGAGCGGGGAAAUCGCGCCUAGAUUUCCGACAGUGGGAUAAGCUGCACUUGCUCCCACUUAUGUAUCUUCUUUUUUUCUUCAAAUGUGAUUCAACUGGGCCAUUAAAAUGUUUUUUUUUUUUUCACUUACAAUUUAUAAAUUUCAACUCAAACCUUUGUCGAAAAGCAGCAGCACGUUGUGUUAGCGCGUCAAAUUACGAAAAUACGUAAACAAUAUUCACUAUUCACUAUUUAUCGCAAAUAGUUAUCAUCACUAUUAUUUGCGCUUGUAUUUCCGUACUUUACUUUUGCAACAAAACAACUUUAGUUCAAUAUAAAUUCGAUUAUAUAGCGAAAAUAUCAAAAAAUUGAGGAGCUCUGCGUAUAGCCAACUUUAAGCAAACGGGCUAAGAGAAAUUAAAAGGAAAAACAGAAAAAUUGGCGCGCGUUUCUUCCCACCCGAAAUGGCGAGCUUUUUAAAAUUAUUGAAUUGGAAUAUAAUAAAAAAAAACAUACUGAAAAACAACUGAAUCUAAUGUGCACUUUAAAUAAUAAAAAUGGAUCAUUAACAUACAUAAAUCAUAUUAAGUCAAAUGACUUAAUAAAUAUACUAAAUAAUUAAAG